UUAUGAUUAAAUGCAUGUAUUCUACAUGUGAAAAUAAUGUUUAGAAUCAGUGUAUAUUUGAGUAUAACCUGAUUGCAUUGAAAAUGCAAGCCAAGAAGCGCUAUUUAUUAUUAUUUGUAACAUGUGCGUUUCUUGGUUAUUGUUAUUUUGGUGGUUACCGGUUAAAAAGUGAAAGGUGGACAGGCAGAUCUCAGUUGCCUUACGAGCGAUUGCCUUCAUACAUAAGUCUAAACGAAGAAUUCUAUGACAAGGAUUUAAGAACAUCAAAUGGAAACCCACUUAUGUCUCAGCAUACAGGACAAUGCCGUAUGGAGACUUGUUUUGACUUUACCAGAUGCAAGCAAGGUUUCACAGUGUAUGUGUAUCCAGUUGAAGAUGUGAUAAGUCCAUUAUACCAAAAAAUAUUAAAUGUUAUUACGGAAUCAAGAUAUUAUACAUCAGAUCCAACUAGAGCAUGUAUAUUUGUGUUAGCUCUUGAUACAUUAGAUAGAGAUCCAUUAUCAACAGAAUUUGCACGUAACCUACCUUCAAAAUUAACACGUUUACCAUAUUGGAACAAUGGCAGAAAUCAUUUGAUAUUUAAUUUGUAUUCUGGAACAUGGCCUGAUUAUGCGGAAGAAUCGUUAACCUUUGAUUUGGGAUAUGCUAUGCUUGCAAAAGCCAGCAUGUCUAUUUUUAGGCAUAGACCAGACUUUGAUGUAUCCAUACCAUUAUUUGGUAAACAACACCCAGAACGUGGUGGGGAACCAGGUCAAGCUUUAGAAAAUAACUUUCCUAGUAAUAAAAAGUAUGUUGCAGCUUUCAAAGGGAAAAGAUACGUCUAUGGCAUAGGUUCUGAAACUAGAAAUGCUCUCUACCAUUUACACAAUGGCAAAGACUUGGUAUUUGUAACAACAUGCCGCCAUGGUAAAGCAUGGAGAGAACUACAAGAUGAACACUGUCAACAAGAUAAUCAGGAAUAUGAUACGUAUGAUUAUGAAAUUUUACUAAUGAAUGCUACCUUUUGUCUUGUACCAAGAGGAAGAAGACUUGGUAGUUUUCGAUUUUUAGAAGCUUUAAGAGCUGGAUGCAUUCCAGUUAUUUUAAGUAAUGGCUGGGCACUUCCAUUUCAUGAACGUAUCGAUUGGACACAAGCUGUUAUAUUUUCUGACGAAAGACUGUUACUUCAAAUUCCAGAUAUAGUACGGUCUGUGUCCAAUGUACAGAUCCUUAAACUACGACAACAGACGCAAUUCCUUUGGGAACGAUACUUUUCGUCGAUAGAAAAAAUUGUAUUUACAGUAUUUGAGAAUAUUCGCGAACGUCUACCUUGGGAAGGUACAAGGGAAAAAUUUGUUUGGAAUACUAGUCCUGGAGCGUUAACGAUAUUACCGCAAUUUGCUGAUAGUCAGCAAGAACUUCCAUUUUCGAAAAGUAAUCCAGGUAAUACCUUCACUGCCAUCAUCUACUCGCAGUUGGGAUCCACUGCUGUUCUAUAUCGUCUGCUUAAAAGUCUCGCGAAAAGCAAAUACCUAGAUAAGAUUAUUCUAAUGUGGAACUCGGACAUUCCGUUACCAAGGAGACCACGAUGGCAAGGGAUCAAAGCGUCAAUACACGUUGUUACGGUCGAUGGUAUAUCCCAACGUUUCUAUCCUCACCCGUUAAUCAAAACUAGUGCCAUAUUAUCUCUAGACGAAGAUGCCACACUCAAUACAGAUGAAAUUGAUUUCGCCUUUACCGUUUGGCGAUCGUUUCCUGAUCGAAUAGUUGGUUACCCAGCAAGGUCGCAUUACUGGGACGAUUCCAAACGUUCGUGGGGCUACACAAGUAAAUGGACAAAUGACUAUAGUAUAAUUCUAACUGGUGCCGCCUUUUAUCAUCGUUACUAUAAUACGUUGUAUACCGAAUUAUUAAGUUCGACACUUCACAAGACUGUCGAGCAAUCGCAAAAUUGCGAGGACAUACUUAUGAAUUUUUUAGUAAGUCAUGUUACGCGAAGACCACCUAUUAAAGUAACUCAACGGAAAUUGUAUAAAGAUACUACUGUGGUUGGAAUCAGAUCCCCAUGGAACGAUCCAGAUCACUUUAUACAGCGGCAAACGUGCAUGAAUACGUUUGUAGCCGUUUUCGGGUAUAUGCCGUUGUUACGAUCUAAUAUGAGGCUUGACCCUGUUCUGUUCAAAGACUCUGUAAGCAACUUGCGCAAGAAGUAUAGGCAAAUUGAAUUAGUUAGUAAUUAGUAUUAUACAGGAUAUUUUAUCAGUUACGCAGUUUAUCUACCCUCGAUACGGACAUCCUAUAAUUAUACAGUCUCAAAUAUUUCGAUUAAAUAGUGGCGCAUAUUGCUAUUACGGCUGCGUGCGCACGCUAGAGGCUAAUCCGAAAUGUGUAUAGAGAAAACUUACGUUGUAAGUAAAAAAGAAAAAAAAGAGGGAGCCACUGUUAUCUCGAGUGGUUGUCGGGCAGCAAAUCAAGAAGGUCUUUCAGUCUCGAGGAAUGGCGAUACUCUGCGCUUUUAUGUACUCGCAAGAAUGAAUUUUGUACAAAGUAUAUAUUAUGGGGUAUCUUGUAAUAUUGUUCGAAUCUGAAUCGGGCCACGGCACGUGCGAUCGUUGUCGCGUAUAUUGCCGUGACAUUCAAAUUGAUGUACAUACGAAUCGUUUCAUAGUUAUUAAUAAAACGACAAAAUAAACAAAAAAAGAACAAACAUGUAAUAAAAACGAAAACGAACGUUAUUUGGCAAAUUCUUCGACUUGAAAGGGAAAAACUAAAAAAAAAAAACAACCGGCCUUUUGGAAGCUACGCGAUACGAAGUAUUCUCUAAUCAUAGUCAAUUGAUGCAAAUCGCUCGAUACCAAAUUUACCAAGCGCUUACUUUUUCUCUAAUCGUUGAAAAACAAUAAUCAUCGUGUGCAGAUAAUAUUUUAUAUAAGCCAGAUGAAGAAGAAGAAGCAGAAGAAAAAAGGAAGAAUAAUAAUAACAAUAAAUUGUUGUCCGGAUUGCGUUUCGAGUAGUAGCCUCAGGGAUGAAUGUAUUUAAACGAAAAACAAGAAAAAAAAAAACUGAUCUGUUUCGAGAAACUAAUUGUGCAGCUUACCAACUUUCUUGGACUAUCUGAGAGCUAUUCCAGCUAUAUCGAUUACCGUUACUUUUUACCGUUCGACUUUUAUAUAAUAAAAGAAUAGUAUUUCGUAGCGUAAGCCGUGCGGUUAUUAAACGCCAUUGUCCUUGUACGUUUCGGGGAAGUCAAUGUUUCGCCUUCUGCUCAGCCGUUCUCGACGUCGCAAUAAACGUAAGUUUACGUAAACAAUUUCAUUUGUUUCUCAAUGUGUAUACCGCUGUACGUAUCGCGUCGUUCGUAGUUUUUUCUCUAUGUAUUCGAGGCACACGAUUAUUCGUAAAUUGUACUCAAAUACGUAGGAAAGUAUUUCAAGGUUUUUUAUGUAUUCCUGUGUAUACUUCUACACGCACACACACACACACACAUAGCCACGUGUACACACAGCAGAGAAUGCGUUGCGUAGAUUUUUGUUCGUAUGCGUGAAAUGAAACGCGUAGAAAAGUUAUCGAUUGCUCUCAGGAGACCUUUAAAAGGAAGUAAGAAAUUACUUGUGACAAUAUAUCGCAAGUACGUCUAGUCGUUUACGUUCAUUUAUUACUGGUACGCCCGUGGGGGGGGAGUAAAUGAUCCGCGUAGGUAAACUCGACGCCGUAUUUGUGUUUCCAUAAUGUGUAAGGAAUGAAGAAUAAUGUACAUAUAUAUAUAUAUAUACAUACAUACAUGCAUAUAUAUGUGAUACGUUUAUAAUUAUCAUGUGAUAUAUUCGUAAUCGUCGGAGGCAGGAUUGACAGAUGAAAAAAGAAAAAGAA